AUGGGUCCUGGAUUCAGCUCCAUGGGCGAGAGCGUUUUCAUGCGCUGCGUGCGAAUCAUCGAUCGGGUCAACAUGGCCUACGUGUCCCAAUCGGCCGACGUAUCCCCGUUUUCCCCUUCUCACUCGCAGGAAUCGCUCCCCGACAAGCUGUUCAUCUCGAGUUCCCUCGACGUGAUCAGCAGCGUGAUCGGAAGCAUGCGCGAGCAAGCGAUGCCCCUCGUGGAGAAGAGCAAUUUAAUCACGAUGACGAUGAGUUUCAUGGAGGACAGCGACGACACCGUGCGCCAGAGCGCGUUCUCCAUCCUCGGAGACCUCGCUCAGCAUUGCUUCCCCUCCAUCCGUCCGCACGUGAAGCAGUUCGUGAUGCUCUGCGUCAAGUACAUGGACAUCGAAUACCCGCGGGUCUGCAACAACGCCAUUUGGUCCCUCGGCGAAAUGCUGGUCCAAGACGGCGAGGAAAUUGGCGUCUACGCCGAGGCCGUGCUGCCCAUGCUCAUUUCCAUGCUCUCCCAGCCGCGCAUGCCUCCGGGCAUUCGCGAUAACUCCACGACCACUGUGUGUCGCUUCUGUUUGUUCGCUCCUGCGAGCGCAGCCUUCGUGAAGGACUAUUUUGGCGCGCUGUGUCUCAACGUGGGCAAGCUGGCCGACAAUCUGGAGAAGCAGCAAGCGGCGCGCGGACUGUGCCAGCUGCUGAACCGCGAGCCGUCGGUGUUCCCGAGCGGAUUCCCGCAGUUCGCGAUGAUGGUGGCGUCGUGGGGCCCGAUCUCGGACUUGUCGCUGGGACAAAUGCUGCUGAACGUGCUGAACGCGAUGAAGGAAUGCAUGGGAAGCGAGUGGAGAGCGUACUAUGAACAAAACGUUGAUCUACGCUUCCGGCAGAUUUUGCUGACCAACUUUGGCUUUGAAUGAGUGAAUGAGUGAAUGAAUGAAAAGAAAGAGAAGAUGCAAGAAUAAUAAAACCGAAUU